AGUGGAUCCAUUGACUUCUCUCUUCAUUGCUGCGCAGACAUAUACACACACACACACACAUACGUAUACAUCCGUGUCCUCUCCCAAUUCUCCUCCUCAAAGUCAGAUUUAUAAGAAGAUAAGCAAGCCCUCCUUUUCCCUCUUCUUUUUGACUCCACCUGCAACGCAGACUUCAAACAUGGGAAAACCAGUCAACGAUAAACACGUACUGGUCAUUCCGUUCCCGGCGCAAGGCCACAUGAUACCACUCCUAGACCUCACACAACAACUCGCCAUCUCCGGUCUCACCAUAACCAUACUGGUUACCCCCAAAAACCUCCCUAUCUUAUCCCCACUCCUUGCUUCUCAUUCUUCCAUCCAAACCCUUCUUCUCCCUUUCCCUUCUCAUCCUUCCAUCCCCGCCGGAGCAGAGAACACCAAGGAUAUGCCGGCGACGAGCUUUUUUACCAUGAUGCCCGUGUUAGGCCAACUUCACGACCCUCUGGUUCACUGGUUCAACACCCAUCCUUCUCCUCCUUGUGCCGUCAUAUCUGACAUAUUCUUGGGGUGGACUCACCGUUUGGCUACCGAGCUUGGUGUCCGCCGCUUCGUUUUCUCCCCCUCCGGUGCGUUUGCGCUGUCGAUCAUAUAUUCUCUCUGGCGAGAAAUGCCUAAGCGGACGAAUCACGAUAAUCAAACGGAAGUCAUUUCGUUCCCCAAGUUGCCUAAUGCCCCGAAAUUUAAUUGGCGCUCUGUUUCAACUAUCUAUCAGUCUUACGUCGAAGGAGACCCUGAUUCGGAGUUCGUCAAGCAAGGAUUUUGGGAUGACAUGGCGAGUUGGGGACUCGUUAUCAAUACAUUCACUGAGUUGGAGAAGGUAUAUUUGGAUCACUUGAGAGCCGAAUUGGGGCACGAUCGGAUUUGGGGGGUCGGUCCAUUGCACCUUCUUGCUGAUGAAAGUUCAUCUGAGCCGAAGCAGAGAGGUGGGGCGAGCUCAGUUUCAGUGCCCGAGUUAAUGACAUGGCUCGACUCGUGCGAAGAUCGCAAAGUGGUGUACAUUUGCUUUGGGAGUCAAGCUGUGUUGACGAACUCUCAAAUGGCGGCGCUCGCUUCUGCUUUGGAGAAGAGUAGGGUCCGGUUCGUUUGGUCUGUGAAGAAUCCGACAAGAGGAACCGGAAACAGCGAUAAAGACGGCGUGAUUCCGGUUGGGUUCGAAAAUCGGGUUGAAGACAGAGGACGCGUGAUCAAAGGAUGGGCUCCGCAAGUUUCGAUACUGAAUCACCGAGCCGUGGGAGCGUUUCUGACUCACUGCGGGUGGAACUCCGUGUUCGAAGCGGUGGUGGCUGGGGUUCCGAUGCUCGCGUGGCCCAUGAGGGCUGAUCAGUUUUCCAACGCGACCUUACUGGUGGACUACUUUAAGGUGGCGACAAAGGUCUGCGAAGGUCCCCAAACCGUGCCGGACUCUACCGAGUUGGCACGACAUUUUGUAGAAUUACUGAGUGAGAAUCGAGUUGAAAGAGAGAAGGCCAUGGAAUUACGUAAUGCUGCGGUUAAGGCAAUCAAGGAUGGUGGUAGCUCGGCUCGUGAUCUGGAAAAGCUGGUUCAGCAAAUUGAGGAGCUGGAAAUUCAGAGCAAUUAAAAUUUUUUUAAUAUAAAAUUUAUGUUUUAAAAUUAAAAAAUAAAAAAUAAAAGUUCUAUAGAUAAUAUUAAUAUAACUUAUAUAUUAAAAUAAAUUUAUAAUAGAUGGAUGAAUUAUGUUAUGAUAGUGAAAAUGGUUCUCGACUCGCAACAUGCGGGGCCCACGUUUGAUCAAUAAGCCCACCCGCUUCUCGAAACCCUUCGGGCAUGGCUCCGUCGCCGUCGGGCGGUUGUAGGCCAAUGCAGCAGAUGAAGUAAACCCAACUCUUAUCUAGCGCCGGAGCCAGCUCUUCAACCUGCUUGCUCCUGAUAAGAAACCAAACAAGCAAGAGCACUGGAAGGCGAGAACACAAGGCGUGGCACGCCGAGUUUAGCAGCCAGCUCUGGGUCCAUCCGAGGAAGAAAUCGGAACCAAUCGAGAAGGAAAAGGGUAGUGAAGAUCGCGCAAGAUUCGUCGUAUGGGAAUGAGGCCGUCAGUUGGUGAGGGUUCAGGUGGUGGGAGAAGCAGUGGGUGCAGCAAAGCUCGGUCUCUGAGGUGACAAAAAACGGUGACGUUUAUAGCCGUGGGCGAGUAAUAAUAAGACGUCGAGAGAAGGCAAAAUUGAACGUGGGAAGACGGAUUGAGUAUUGACACGUGGAGUUGUUAAUUAUAACGAUAAGAUUUGAUUGAAAAACAAUAAUAAGAUUACAUUUUUUGUAAGAUCAAAA